GAGAGAGAGAAGGCUCAAUUAGAGCCAGGACUUUCACAAGUCUAAAAACUCCAGAAUGCUUGACAAAUUCAAAAACAGAAACAAAACAAAACACCAGCCCUUGCUCUGGAUUGAUUGCUUUGCCUUGGGGCCUGAAAGGGAACCACAGCCCUCACCACAGUCCUGCCAGGCAGAAGGUGGCGGACGGACCCCUACGGAAUAGCACCCUGGGUUCUGUUCAUUUUCUGCCUCUCCUAUGACCACCUGCCACCUCUACUGUGACCCAGAGCUGUCUGUCUGCAGCGAUUCCGCACAGGUCACAGCAACCUGUUUACAAACAGCUAGAGUUCCAAGGCUCUCUUAGGACAAGGGACUCGGGAUGCAUCCAAAUGGACAGCAAAGCCUUGGUCAGAGAAUCCGUCCCUCCCUUUCUAUUUAUGCCGAUGUAAACACUCGCCAAGGAAACAAGCCAUGCAGGCAUGCGCAGCCCUGCAGGCCCUCGGGUGGCUGCAAAAGGCAACUGGAAAGUCACAUGUCAUAACACUGGAAAGUACAUAUGCAGCUAUUCUUAGGCUUGGAAUGUAUACACUGUCUGCCUGCCCGGCAGCCCUUGCACCGAGCUCUAGGAGCUGUGAAAGUGCCUGCAGCAUAAACAAACCCAGAACUCAUCUAGGACAGAGAAUUUGCCAACAGAAGGAAAGGCCUGGGGUUUAUGGUUUUAUUCCAAGCCUAAGGUAGAAACCUUCUGAGGGGACAAGACAAACCCGGCAUCCGUGGAUGUCACUGCAGCAAAACAAGGAUGGAUGAGGAGCUACCAGAUGGGGUUGUCUUCAAAGACGACAACUUCUCCUCUGACUUGUUGAGACAGCUCAAUGACUUAAGGCAGAGCAAGACCCUGACCGAUGUGAGCAUCUGCUCCGGAGCCUGGGAGGUCCCUUGCCACCGCAAUGUGCUGGCCUCCAGCAGCCCCUACUUCAAGGCCAUGUUCUGCAGCCACUUCCGGGAGAGCACGGAGGCCAAAGUGUGGCUGAAGGGCAUCAACUCCAGCACUCUAGAGCAGGUCGUCACGUAUGUGUACACAGGAGAGGUGCACAUCACAGCUGCCAACGUCCUCCCCCUGAUGGAGGCAGCCGCCAUGCUGCAGUACCCCAGGGUGUUCGAGGCCUGCUCAUCAUACCUGCAGAGCCAGCUGGCCCCCAACAACUGCCUGGGCCUGGUCAGACUCGCGGAAAUCUUAAACUGUGAAAGCCUUAAGAAGAGAGCCAGGGAGGUGGCCCUGACUUGCUUCCCAGAGGUAGCAGCGUCGGCUGACCUGAAGGAGCUCUGUGCCAUGGAGUUGAGAGACUACCUAGGAGAUGACAGGCUCUGCGGCGAGGAGGAAAAGGUGUUUGAGGCCCUCAUGGCUUGGGUCAAGCAUGACCUCCAGGCCCGAUGGCCCUACAUGCAGGAACUUCUGCAGCAAGUCUGAAGGCAUUACAUACAUCCUGCCUUCUUUCACCAUUUCAUUGCCAACGACGCUGUCCUCCAGUCGUCGCCCGCAUGCCGGGCCAUCCUGGAGGUGGCCAGGAAGCAGAUGUUCUCUUUGUACAGCCCCAGUGCCCAGGACUGCAAACUCGUGUGGCACGAACCCCCGAGGAGCUGCUACCAAGACUGCCUCCUUGUCCUGGGGGGCCAGAAGGACAACCAGCAGACCACCAGGGAUGUCUUGCUCUACAGUGUACACACUGGCCAGUGGCAGAGCCUGGCCAAACUCCCCGCGCGGUUGUACAAGGCCUCGGCUGUCACCUUGCACCGCAGCAUCUACGUGCUCGGGGGCGUGGCUGUGAGGGAGGGCAAGAGUGCCGUCAGUGCCAGCGUGUAUGUCUUCUCUCUGAAACUCAACCAGUGGAGACGCGGGGAGCCCAUGCUGGCAGCCCGCUACUCUCACAGAAGCGCCGCCCACCGGAAUUUCAUCUUCUCCAUCGGGGGCACCGGAGAAGGGCAGCAGCUCCUGGGUUCCAUGGAGAGGUAUGACAGCGUCUGUGAUGUCUGGGAGAGCAUGGCUGACAUGCCAGUGGCCGUGCUCCACCCUGCGGUUGCCGUGAAGGACCAAAGGCUCUAUCUUUUUGGGGGUGAGGACAUCAUGCAGAACCCUGUGCGCCUCGUCCAGGUUUACCACAUUUCCAGAAACACAUGGUUCAAAAUGGAGACAAGGAUGAUCAAGAACGUGUGCGCCCCCGCAGUGGUACUGGGGGAGAGAAUUGUCAUUGUGGGAGGUUACACAAGGAGGAUUCUUGCUUAUGACCCUCGGGCCAACAAAUUUGUCAAGUGUGCAGACAUGAAGGACCGGAGGAUGCACCACGGGGCGGCAGUGAUGGGGAGCAAGCUGUAUGUGACAGGUGGGCGGAGGCUGACCACGGACUGCAACAUUGAGGACUCCGCCUCCUUUGACUGCUAUGACCCUGAGACGGACACCUGGACAUCCCAGGGACAGCUACCGCACACACUCUUUGACCACGCCUGCCUGACUCUCCAGUGCGUACGUCACACAGCCGGCUUCACGUGAAGGCCACAAGAACCUAUCUGGGUCAAAAUGCUGUGUGAUGCAAGAGAUUGCAGCCCAGCUCCAAAGGCCUAGGGCUGAGGGAAGUGAAAACUACCACUCUCCACAGAGUAGUAUUUAAGAAGAAAUGCCAACGGGUGCCUUUUAACUCAAGAGGUUCAUACCUCUUGAACCAAUGCCAGAAAUUGCACUACUACAACUGGGAAGGUCUGUAUCACAUAACUCCAGAUGGAAGUGGGGGUAACUACUUGAUUGACAGCCCAAACCACCUGGAAUAAGGCAGAAGAUGUUUCCCAGGACCCUUGGGAUCACUCAGGCCAGAGGGAUGCACAUGAAACUGUUGUAUCUGUGACUUGUGUCCCCACAUUCUAUGGGUAAAACGCAUUGAAAGUCGGCUCAGUUCAGUAGCUACCCAGGGUCUGCAAAAAUUAUCCUGCAAUGAAAAACUUAAGAACAGAACAAAGUUGCUGCUGGUGCCAGAUGAUCUCUUAAAGCCGUGGAAUGAAUUUGGGGUUCCGUUUCACUAAGUGUUAUGAGAAUGGCUCUUCUGGGGAAAGCCAACGGAUUCCUCAGCAACAGCAGCAACCAUCACCCCCCAGGUAUCAGGGCUGAGCCUCCCCGUGGCCCCUUCACUUCCAAGUCCCCCUCAUCCUCAGUGUCAGGCCCACGCACACGCCGGUGUGCUCAUCAGAGGCUCUCAGUGAGGCCAGGAUGAUGCAAACACAGAGAAGACAUUUUGAAACAUCAUUGAGUCCCGUUCAAGAUGGAGGCGCAGGGGUUCGAGGAGGGAAGGUCCAGAACUCUGUAUUUCUGAGUGGUUUCCUAAGGUGACCCUAUCACUCAGCCAUGGUGGAGAGCCAGAGCCCUGCUCGGCUGUAUGUACUGAAGACCACCAUGGCUCCUCUCUUUCCUAUCCUGUCCUGGCCAAUGCCAGGCAAUCUCGGCAUGUAAGCUGUUUCCUACCCACGAAA